AUGGCUCACAAAAUAAGGGUUUGUUUCGUGAUAGUGCUGUGUGUGUCUGCAAAUUUCGUUAACGCUGACACAUCACAUGAACAGGAAGUUUCAGAGACAUGCUGUAUGCUUGCUGCAGAAGUCUUUUAUCCAAGAUCUUCAUCGGUAACACAAUGCGCUAGUGAACCACCACCAGACGAUAUAGAACCAGAAGAUAAGGAGACAUGCGUUGCUGCUAUCAAGACCUGCUGCGAACAACAGUUCCAACUAAAGGAGAGUUGUUCAGCAGGGGUCAAAUCGUAUUCCACAAAAGGUUGCAGAAUAUUAAACUCCGAUAUGGAAAAGCUCUGUUGCGAGGAAUGUUCAAUCGGAAAAUGGACAGGUGAAUCUAGCGGAAGUGAAGCGUGUGGAUCACCAUCAGGUGUUAAUGAUUCUUCUCACACCGCUCUCAGGAACAACGCUUUUCAUCAGUGUUGUAUGGAAGCGGCAACAAAAUUAGAAGAAACAACCACCACUAAAAAACCAGAGUUAACAACUACGAAGAAGCCAGAGACCAGCACCAGAAGGAAGAAGAGACGAAGGACUACAACCACGAGGAGACCAGAGACUACAACUCAGUUGACUACAUCGACUUCCACUCAGGUUGCGACCACUACAGAAAAGUUGAAGUGCAAACCCGAUUCGUGUCAACAAUUGUGUGAUGACAAAGAUGGUGUGAUCAGAUGCUCUUGUCAGUCAGGGUACAGGCUUCAAGAUGACAAAAAAACUUGCAAAGAUAUAAAUGAGUGCUUUGAACUGACAGAGGAUUUGUGUACCGCAGAGAACACAGUCUGUCAUAAUGUAGUAGGCGCGUUCAAAUGUGUACCAAUCAGGAAAAGGGAGGUAGGACUCACUUGCCCUCCUGGCUUCAAGAGAAACGUUAUUAACCAAGUGUGUGAUGACAUCAACGAAUGCCAACUCCCUAGGCCCCCUUGUCCAAAGUAUCUUUGUGUGAAUACCAUCGGCGCAUACAAAUGUGGUGGUAAGCUUGGUAAACCGUUCACGGAGAAUGUCCCUGGAGCUGUUACUGAAUCAACCGCCAGUUCUACCACAGGACCGAGGAACGAUAUCUGUCCUCCUGGAUUCAGGGCUGGACCUAAUGAUGAGUGUUUGGACAUUGAUGAAUGUAAAGAGAAAUUGGACGACUGCCAGCCUCUAUCUCAACACUGCAUCAACACCCACGGCAACUUUUUCUGUCAGGACCAUGUCUCUAAGCGGUGUACUCCCGGCUUCAAAGUCAAUUCCGCAACCGGAAUAUGUGAAGAUAUUGAUGAAUGUGAGGAGAGUUCCGAGGUGUGCCAGAAAUCUGAAGUGUGCAUUAAUCUACCAGGAGCUUACGACUGCAAAUCGAAGAUAAGCACUCUGCCGAAACUGGCGUCUAAGACCUGUCAAGAAGGAACUAGACUCCGUCCAGGUGGAGUAAUCUGUGAAGAUGUUGACGAGUGCCGAGAGGGAACUCACCUCUGUGACCAAUUCCAGAACUGCAUUAAUACUUUCGGCGGUCACGAGUGCCGCUGCAAAAAUGGUUUUGAGCUAAAUUUCGUGUCUGGCUCUUGUGAGGAUGUAGACGAAUGCGCUCUAAAGUUAGACAACUGUGGACCCGGCCAGUAUUGUCAAAACCUGCUGGGUUCAUUCACGUGCACGCGUCGUGCCCCUUCAACCUCUAGCAGUACCACCACCACAAGCACCACCUCACCACCACUAUAUGAAUACGAAUAUUACGACUCUGACGAGGAGACCUCAAACCCAGAUGUGAAUUAUCCUGAUAACAUUCAAAUUAUACCAACCACAUCUAGCACCACUACACCUAAACCAACUACCACUUCAACUACCACUACUACUACCACAACCACACCUAAACCAACAACAACAACGUCCACUACUACUCCUGCCCCCACCACAACCACUUCUACUACAACUACCACAACGACAACACCUAGACCACGCCGGCCCGAGUACCCUUACUAUCCUUACUAUCCCACCAGACCUAGACCCCAAAAUCCUACCACAACAGAAAGAACCACCACUCCUAGACGAAGACCAGAGUACCCUCGUAGACCAGAUUAUCCUAGAAGACUGGAUCCUGUAAGACCAGAAACAGGAGUCACCAGACCGGAGCAUAAGCCUACUACCCACACACUGGAACCCAGCCCAGAAGUGCCAGACGAUAGAAGAAUGAAUGAAAUAGAAGAUGAGAAUCCAAUUGAUGCGGAUUUCAAUCCUGAUGAAGUUCAUUGUUUGGAUGGAUAUAUAAAAGAUGAUGAAGGAACUUGCGUUGAUGAUGACGAGUGCGCAACUGGCCAACACGCGUGUAGGAACUUAGAAACCUGUAGGAAUAGACCUGGAGGCUACAUCUGCGAGUGUAUCACAGGAUUCAGGAAGGACGCAUCUGGAUAUUGCGUCCCCCUCCCGAACACCAGUAGCAGUACCUCCACUUCAACUACAAGUACGACAUCUACAACUACUGUGUCGGUGCCAGUGCGACGGCCACCGUACAGACCAACGCGGCCCCACAUCCGAUAUCCGUACACACCACCGCCAUGCGAACUCGGAUACACUUACGAUACUCGACGUAAUAUGUGUGUUGAUAUAGAUGAGUGUGCGACGAAUGCUGCUACAUGUUCAGCGAAGGAGGAAUGUAUCAAUAUCGAUGGCGGCUUCCGUUGUGAGUGCGGCCAGAAGUGUCGUGAGGCGGAGCGACCGACUUCUACAACACCUAUCCCCACCACCAGUACGACACUUGCCCCUCGGCCGGCCGGAUCUAGCGGAGGUCGUAACGUCAUCACAGUGGGCGCCCAAUACGGACAACGGGGUCCCUACUCUCAGCGACCUGUCUAUUCCAGGAUACCAGAUGUUGGAGCUGUGGCCGCCUCAUGUCCGUGGGGCUACAGGCUUACUUCCGAAAAGAGAUGUUAUGAUAUUGAUGAGUGUGCGCGCAAUGUAUCCGAGUGUGGUCCUCAGCAACGUUGUGAAAACUUCUACGGCGGGUACUCCUGUCAGUGUCCGUCUGGUCACCGCCUUGUCGGACAGAACCAGUGCGAGGAUAUCAACGAGUGUAUGCAUGGAAACCCAUGCGGCUAUAACUCCGACUGCGUAAAUUCUUACGGCUCGUACCGCUGCAUGUGUCGUGAUGGUUUCCGUAACGCGCCUUCCAACGAUAAAGUCUGCGUGGACUUGGAUGAAUGUUCAGAAACACCUGGUGUAUGCUCACAAGCUUGCUCCAACACCUGGGGCAGCUACAGGUGUUAUUGCAGAAAGGGCUAUCGGAUUGACGACGAUAACAAGACUUGCGUGGACGUGAAUGAAUGUGAAGAGUUCUCAUCGGUGCGUUCGCGCGGUAAACUGUGUGGUGGCGAGUGUAUCAAUGAGCCAGGCAGCUACCGGUGUUUUUGCCCUGAAGGUUAUAGGCUGUCUGAAGAUGGCAGGAGUUGUAUAGACAUUGAUGAGUGCGAGACAGGCACGGCGCACUGUGACAGCGCACCAGGGACCGUGUGCCAGAACACGCGAGGCAGCUACCACUGUCACCACAUCGACUGUCCCUCAGGAUACCAACUAGAGUCUAAGCACCGCUGUACGCGAAUUCAGCGUUCCUGCCAAGUUGGUGACUGGACAUGUCUGCGGCAGCCCAGCACUUACAGUUACAACUUUAUCACAUUCGUAGCUAAUAUUUACCUACCCACGGGCAGUGUGGAUUUGUUCACGAUGCACGGCCCUUCGUGGAGCGAAUCUAUCGUUAGCUUCGAAAUGCGAAUGGUCAGUGUACAAGCAACACACGGCGUCAGGCCCGCUGACAUGAGAUGUUUCGACAUGCGUCCUUCCAACAACAUCUGCGUGAUCUCUCUCCUAUGCUCACUCGAAGGCCCUCAAGUGGUGGAAAUGGAACUGACUAUGUCUUUAUACCAGCGAGGCAUGUUCGCCGGGAGUGCGGUCGCGAGACUCGUCGUCAUCGUAUCGCAGUAUGAGUUCUAG